AUGCCUUAUAUCGCCUACCUGCGCUCGGUCCUGCCCAGCACCACGGAAGAAGCCUUCUUCGAGUACCUGUGCACCGUGGACGCCUCGGAGGUGACCGUCUCCUCCGUGCCGGAAGGCUCUGUCGUCUUCUCCAGGGUCCCGCUGCUGCAGGUGAAGGGCCCGCUGCUGGUGGUGCAGCUGCUGGAGACCACGUUGCUGUGCUUGGUCAGCUACGCCAGCCUGCUGGCCACGAACGCUGCCCGCUUCCGGCUCCUCGCUGGCCCUACCACGCAGCUGAUGGAGAUGGGGCUGCGUCGUGCUCAGGGGCCAGACCGCGGCCUUUCCAAGUACUCCUACAGCGGGGGCUUUGAUUGCACCAGCAAUGUCCUGGCGGGGAAGCUCUACGGCAUCCCGGUGCAGGGGACCGUGGCCCACUCGUUCAUCAUGUCCUUCACGUCGCUGGCAGAGGUGCAGCCCCGGGUCCUGACCCCCCUCGCCGGAGGAGAGCCGGUGGAUCUCCCGUCCCUGGCCGAGUCGUGGCUGCCGCAGGUGUGUGAGCUGCUGCAGGUCUCCCCCGACAAGGCGAACCGCGGGGAGCUGGCCGCCUUCGUGUCCUACGCCAUCAGCUUCCCACGCAACUUCCAGGGGCUGCUGGACACGUACUGCGUCAUGAGGAGUGGCCUUCCCAACUUCUGUGCCGUGGCCCUGGCCCUAAACCAGCUGGGCUACCGAGCCAUCGGGGUGCGCCUGGACAGCGGGGACCUGACCAAGCAGUCCAAGGAGAUCCGCCGGGUGUUUCGUGCCUGCAGCGCCCGCUUCCAAGUCCCCUGGUUCGAGACUAUCUCUAUCGCCGUGAGCAAUGACAUCAGCGAACGGACCCUGGAGGAGUUUAUCCGAGAGGGGAGCGAGAUCAACAUGAUCGGCAUCGGGACGAACCUGGUGACAUGCCCCCUCCAGCCGUCGCUGGGCUGUGUUUAUAAGCUGGUGAAAGUGAACGGCUCUCCUUGCCUGAAGCUCACGGAGGACAGGGAGAAGAUGACGAUCCCCGGGACUAAGACGGUGUAUCGGCUCUACGACGCUGCUGGUCACCCCUUCAUGGACCUCAUGGCCCUGGAGGAGGAGCCCUCACCCAGCGCAGGCCAGGAGCUCACUGUCCGCAUCCUGGGGAGCGAAAAGGCCAGCAAGGUCAGACCCGCCACCGUGGAGAACCUGCAUCGCACAUACUUCCAAGACGGACAGGUGUGCGAGGCGCUGCCCAGCCUGCCGGAGGUGAAGAGCCACGCGCAAGUGUCCCUCAGCCAGCUCAGCCCUGCGCACCGGAGACUCCACGAGCCAGAGCCUUACCCGGUGGCCAUCACGGAGAAGCUGCACCUCCUCUUUGAAGAGCUGCAACAGGCCAGCCGGUGAGCGCACGGCGCUUGCCCUCCGCGCCGUCUGAACCGGCGCCGGAUGCAGCCCUUGGCAGGGGCCAGCUCUUCCUCCGUGCUCUUUCAAGAUCUGGCGACUAACUGGUAAUUAAUGGCUCUCCUGACGUUGUCGCUCUGUGGGUGCUGAGCCGAGGACGGCGCAGGACCUGGACCCUCUCCCCGCCUUCCCAGCAACACCAACUGGACCCAGCGAGGAGGAGGUGGGCAGAGCAGGGCGGCACCAGCCGUGCCUUCUGCGUUGACAGCGCUGCCCAGGCAAAGGGGAGGGGGCCGCCACCGCUGUCACCGCCUCUGGGCCACAGGUCUCUGGGAUGCGGCACUUAUAGGCCUGGUUAAUACAAAUACAGCGAAGGCACUGCUGCAGCCCAGAGCGUCCCAGAAACGCCCCUGCUGCCACCACCAAGCCAGCCCGUUGCCACUGCAAAGGUGGCGGACUGCCUGCAUGGCGCCAAGCCCCCAUCGGGGGUUGUUGGUGUCACUAAAGAUGCUGUCUCAAGCGAACAAAAAGGGGCCUGACAUGAAAUUACUCCCCCUCAAUCUUCUUCAGCUUGUGCUUUGCGGGACAUCCAUGGCAGGAUGCACUUUGCCCUUUUGCUCUCAGCUUUGACUCUCUAACCACCUUUUUUAUAUCUUCCCAUUUUUUUUUGUAUCAGUCCACGAACAAGUGCUCCAGAGCAUGGAGACUAGUUUCAUUCCACAGGCGGGAACGUUAACUUGACUGUUAUAGCGAGAUGCUUUCUAUAAUCUCUGCGCUUACUUUGUCCCAAGCACAAAAUGAAAUAAAUGCCUUAACCCACUAGCUGCAAACACA